GGAGUCCAAUUAAGUUUUGCCCACCCUUUUACUCGAGAGUGGAUAAGGGGGGUUUCUGGUAUGGUCGUUAUGUGUGGCUGCACAGAGCAGCACAAAAACAAUGCUGCAUGAAAUGGUUUGCAAUGGCAUGCCAUGUUAAUCAUUGCCAUUUGUAUGGGGAAUUUGCCCCCUUCCGUGUGGAUUCGCCCUCUGUAAAAGACAUGCUAGGUGUGGGGUGAGGUCUGAAGGCAUGAAUGAAAUGUAAGUUAGAUGUAUCAAAAACAUGCAGAGGAAAAGCUCAAAGGUCUUGGGUGCACCAUUUCAAGAGAAAGGGAGAGAGAGAGGGAGGGGGAGAGAGAGAGAGAGAAACGAGCAAAGGAUUUAUGUCUGAGGAAUAUGUUGCUUUACUGCAUGGUCGUGGUGGUUGGGGCGGCGGGGGUGGGUCUCUCGGAUUCUCUGCUGUUAUGUACUUAAUGUCAGGAGUGUUCCUCACCUGCAGCCCCUGACAAACUCUCGGAUGUGCACGCCGGUGCCCCCGAUGGGAGGAAAUGUUGGGUGGGCACCUUUCAUGCCACUUGCACGCACAGCCACAGGGCAACAUUGAGCUGCGGGGACACCCUUUGACCGCCGCGCGCCUCCGUGUCUCACUACGAGACAGCUUUGAAGGCCACUGCCAAGACAAACUCAACCUCGCCUAUUUAUGCCCCUGCCUCCAAGUGCCCUCAAGACGCUCGAGUGUCGGCAGCGCGCUGGGAAGUUCCUUUGCACCUCGUCCGUGGCGCGCACCUUUUUUACGCGCGUGGAAUGGCAACAUCGGAGGACUCGGGGGGGCGUCUUGCUCUCUUGCCGCCGCUUUGAAGGUCCCAGUUAUUGUGACCGGCUAGGGCAUUUGAACCUCUGACCACCUGCCCGUGGGGUGGCGGGGGGGUGGAGGACAUCGGCCCGGCUGGAAUGCUUCUCCCGAGGCUUCUCGCGUGUCUCGCCGGGUGCGCCUUGCUCCUGAUGCCGGGCUGCGGGGGCUGCGGGCCGGGCCGAGGCUACGGCAAGAGGCGCUCGCCGCGGAAGCUGGCACCGCUCGCCUACAAGCAGUUCAGCCCCAACGUGGCCGAGAAGACAUUAGGGGCCAGCGGGAGAUACGAAGGCAAAAUCACCCGCAACUCGGAGCGCUUCAGGGAGCUCACCCCCAACUACAACCCCGACAUCAUCUUCAAGGAUGAGGAGAACACAGGUGCAGACCGCAUGAUGACGCAGCGCUGCAAGGACAAGCUGAACUCCCUCGCCAUCUCCGUGAUGAACCUUUGGCCCGGGGUGAGGCUGCGGGUCACCGAGGGCUGGGACGAGGACGGCCAUCACUCGGAGGAGUCGCUCCACUACGAGGGGCGGGCAGUGGACAUCACCACCUCGGACAGGGAUCGGAACAAGUACGCCAUGCUGGCUCGGCUGGCUGUGGAGGCGGGCUUCGACUGGGUCUACUACGAAUCCAAGGCCCACAUCCACUGCAGUGUCAAGUCGGACCACUCGGUGGCAGCCAAGUCUGGAGGUUGUUUCCCGGGCGACGCCUUGGUCACUGUGGAAAACGGCCUUCAGAAGUUCAUCCGUGACCUGCGCCCCGGCGAGCCAGUCCUGACCUUGUCUGGCGCCGAACUAGUGUACAGCCAAGUCCUGACCUUCCUGGAUCGCGACCCGGCGACACACAAGCUCUUCUACACCCUAAAGACAAAAAAUGGGGCGCGCCUCUCUCUGACCGCCGCCCACUUGCUGUUUGUGUCUCAGGGAAACUGCUCAGAGGGGGCGCCGCCCACCCCCGGCUCCUUGAGGACGGUGUACGCUUGUGAUGCCCGGCCGGGUCAUUGCGCACUGGUGGCCGGCGGUCCAUCGGGAACACUUUCCCGCAUCACAAGGGUCACAGUGACGGAGAGGAGGGGGGCUUUCGCUCCUCUGACAGCGCAGGGGACACUCGUGGUGGAUGGGGUGGUGGCAUCCUGCUACGCGGUGGUGGAAGGGCAUUCCUUGGCUCACUGGGCCUUCUUGCCACUCAGGCUGAUGCACAGCUGGACUGGCACCAGUGGUUACCGUGGUGAUGGGGUCCACUGGUACGCUGAUCUUUUACACUGGCUGGGGGUAAUGCUGCUGGACUCGGGGCACCUCCACCCACUGGGCGUGACCGCAGCCUACAGUUGAGGACAAAAACUGGAGAAAGGCGAUCCAAAGGAACCAUGUGAUGGAUCACCGCUACGCCUCAUGGGAAAUGCUGGAAAAGAAGUCAUAAUAAAUCAGACAGCCGGACUAUAGGAUCAUAUGUUAAUAAAUCGACUGGUAAAUAAUCCUGAUAUAGAACAAUAAAUUACAAAUUCAUUGAGCAAACUGAAAUGGAAGAUAUAUGCGAUGAGAAUGAACUCCAACUGGAAUGAAAAGUUGCACACUAACUACACUGAACAAAAAUACAAAUGCAACGCUUUUGCUCCCAUCUUUCAUUAUCUGAAGUUCAUGGUUUUUUUUCUUUUUCCAUGUGCACAAAUGAGGUAUUACUCUCAAAUAAUAUUUACAAAUCUGUCUAAAUGUGUAUUAGUGAGUACCUCUACUUUGCUGAAAUAAACCAUCCACCUCUCAGCAUGAUUGUUGCACAUGUAUAAAAGGCCACUCAGAAAUGUGCCUAAGGCACACCAAUUUGAUACAUACUUCUGAAAAACAUUCGCUCAAAUUACCUUGAAUAACACUGGUCACCAAUAGCAAAUUUUAAUCAGAGAGGGCUAUAUGUGCCUCUAAAUGGGUUUUUGAUGCAUAUUUUAAAAAUGUCUGCACUUUUUUUUUCUUGAAGAUCAGGCCUU